AGAUACGAACUAUAAAUGUUCGAACCCAAAUCACCCCGGAGGGGAGGGGCCAGAUACCAGUGGCCUGAAGGCGCCCAGGUAUCCAGAAGAAUUGUGGGUGGGGGACCUGCGGUCACGUGGCGUGCGUCCGCCAAUCAGCGCGCAGACCGCACUUUGCAGCUCGGCUUCAAACAAACUACCGUGAGGCCGGAGCGCCACUGGGACCCCGCCCCCUUCGCCUGGGUCUGGGGCCCUGCGAGACGGCGGAAAGGGGUGGGGGCGGCCGGGAGGGGGCGGGGCGCGGGGUCGAGUGACGGCCCGCCUCACCUAUUCCGGGCGCGGGCUGAGCCCCGUAGCCAAUGGGCAGGGGCGGGGGCGGGGGGCGGCCCGGCCGGCGGGGAGGGGGAGCCCGCGGCCGGGGACGCGGGGGGAGCAGGAGGCGGGCUCCCAAUCCGGUUCCAUCCGGUUCUCCCACCGCCCCCGCUGUGGGUCUCAGCAGCUCGGGCGGCGGGAGGAGUGGCAGCGGCCAGGCAGCCCAGUUUCGCGAAGGCUCUUGGCGCGCCGCGGCCCGCAGGCACCCGGCACGCGCCUUCCCCGCCGCCAGGAUGCCCAAGAGGAAGGUCAGUUCCGCCGAAGGCGCUGCCAAGGAAGAGCCCAAGAGGAGAUCGGCGCGGUUGUCAGCUAAACCUCCUGCAAAAGUGGAAGCGAAGCCGAAAAAGGCAGCAGCGAAGAAAGUUCUGUUUUUGUGAUCGUUUUAAAAAUAAAGCUUCACGUAAGGAUAAAUCUUCAGACAAAAAAGUGCAAACAAAAGGGAAAAGGGGAGCAAAGGGAAAACAGGCCGAAGUGGCUAACCAAGAAACUAAAGAAGAUUUACCUGCAGAAAACGGGGAAACGAAAACUGAGGAGAGUCCAGCCUCUGAUGAAGCAGGAGAGAAAGAAGCCAAGUCUGAUUAAUACCAUAUACCAUGUCUUAUCAGUGGUCCCUGUCUCCCUUCUUGUACAAUCCAGAGGAAUAUUUUUAUCAACUAUUUUGUAAAUGCAAGUUUUUUAGUAGCUCUAGAAACAUUUUUAAGAAGGAGGGAAUCCCACCUCAUCCCAUUUUUUAAGUGUAAAUGCUUUUUUUUAAGAGGUGAAAUCAUUUGCUGGUUGUUUAUUUUUUGGUACAACCAGAAAAUAGUGUGGGAUAUUGAAUUAUGGGAGGCUCUGGCUGUCUUGGAUGUCAGCUUAACAUUCCAUAGAUGGGGGGUUAGUUUUUAUAUCCUAUAAUACAAAGCAUAUUAAAUGGCAAUAUGGAGUCAGUCCUGCAUUUAAUGUCUUGAACAUUUUUAAAUUACUUCUAUUCCCAUGUUGUUUUUUAGUAGAAUUGUUUCCUAAAGAAAACCACUCUUUGAUCAUGGCUCUCCCUGUCAGAAUUGUGUGCACUCUGUAACAUCUUUGGUUGUGGUAGUCCUGUUUUCCUAAUAACUUUGUUACUGUGCUGUGAAAGAUUACAAAUUUGAAUAUGUAGUGUACGUGCUAUUGAGUUGUGAACUGGUGGGCCGUAUGUAACAGCUGACCAAUGUGAAGAUACUGGUACUUGAUAGCCUCUUAAGGAAAAUUUGCUUCCAAAUUUUAAGCUGGAAAGUCACUGGAAUAACUUUAAAAAAGAAUUACAAUACAUGGCUUUUUAGAAUUUCGUUAUGUAUGUUAAGAUUUGUGUACAAAUUGAAAUGUCUGUACUGAUCCUCAACCAAUAAAAUCUCAAUUAUGAAAAUA